AUGGCUGGAGGAAGCACUGGAGGAAGCACCGUCAAGGAGAUGACUACUAAUUUCGGAAAAUUGGACAAGUUUCAAGGACAAGACUUCAGGCGUUGGCAGAAGAAGAUGCAUUUCAUGUUGACAGCGUUGAAGGUGGUGUAUGUCCUGUCUACACCAAUUCCAGAACUUUUGGAGGAUGACACGGUUGAAAAUAUAAGGCGCAGAUCAAAGUGGGAGAACGACGACUACAUAUGCAGAGGGCACAUUCUUAACGGUAUGUCUGAUCCCUUAUUUGAUGUGUAUCAAAACGUGGAAUCUGGAAAGGAAUUGUGGGAUUGUCUCGAAUUCAAGUACAUGGAAGAGGACUCAUCUAGUAAAAAGUUUCUUGUAACCGAUUUCAACAGUUACAAGAUGGUUGAAUCAAGGUCUGUCAUGGAACAAUUCAAUGAACUCCUUCGAAUCCUUGGACAGUUCACACAACACGGAUUGAAGAUGGAUGAAACAAUAUCUGUCUCAAGUAUCAUAGACAAGUUGCCUCCUUCGUGGAAGGAUUUCAAACACAAUUUGAAGCAUGGAAAAGAUGACUUGUCUUUGAUUCAACUUGGAAGUCACUUGCGCAUAGAAGAAUAUCUAAGGGCGCAGGAGGGUGACAAGGGAAAAGGAAAAUAA